AUGAGCUCGUACUUUUCGUCUUUCACUGGAUCGUCCGCCUCGAUCUCCAGUGCCUUGGGCUCGCGGCUCACCAGCCUUCGCCGCGCCAUUACUCUCGGCGACGAAAAAGAUGAUCCGGAAAAUGAAGACUGCUCGCACAUCUCCAAUGCUCUCCGCGCUUACUACACCGAGAAAGGGCACCCCUUUCCUUCCUGGUUGCCCCCGGACCCGAAGGCGCCCCAAGCCACAUCAAAUCGUGUCGUGGCCACCUCACAGCUGCCCCAAGGCCAAGGCCUCGCCACCGCAUCCUACAGCCGGGGCGGAGGUCUCGGUGACCUUUGGGGUGACUCCGGAGCAUCCCAACCAGCAGGCGCACAGACAGCCAGUCUCCGCCGUGGCCGUGGUGGUAAUGCUCCCCCGCUUAUCCCCAUGAACAGCGCGCCGGGGGGCGCCAUGUCGCCGCCUUUCCCUCCGCUCCAGCAUGCUCACUCGCAACCUCCGGCUUUAUCCGGUGGUGUACAACCCGCAAGGCGCACGACCACUCCCUAG